AUGUGGAUAAAUAAUGAAAUAACUCCUAAUGUUAGUUCUAAAUAAUAAACUACUGGAUAUGCAGAAUUUGAAUGGAAUGAAUCUCUAAUUUAAUUGGCUUUAGAAGAUUUUGGUAGUAAAAUUGAUCCUUUUAGAUAAAUAGAUAAUAUAAUUACUCCUUUGUUAUUUAAAAUCUCUGGGAGCACUAUCAAUGAAGAUCCAACACCUUAUUUUAGUAUGGAUAGUAAUCCUCUGACUUUCAUAUUAAAAAAUGGUUCUUUAAUUCUAAAUAAUGCUUUUGACGCGGAUGAAUAACAUAAAGAAAUGAAAUAAUAUUUAUUAGUAUUUGCAACUUGUUCUAAUAGUUAUUCAAUACCUGGGAGAAUUUGUGCAGAUGAUGAAACAAUUAAAAAUUAUAUAUCAUAGUCGCAUGGAUUCAUGUUUUUAACAAUAAGAUUAAAUCAAUUAAAUUAUGUAACUAGAUAAUUAGAGCUUUUUGCUAAAUAAUAUUAUUUAGCUUUUAAUCCUCAAAGACCAAUCUAUUCUCAAGUUAUGUUGAAAUAAUAAGAGACUAUUAUUGAUGAUGGUGUACUUUUCAAAAAUUAUUAACAUUAUUAUUUUUUAAAUAAUUAUGAACUCAUAAAUUAAGAAGUUGAUAAUUUAUUUAUGUCAAAGGUUGUAUAAUUUAUGUCCAAAAAUAAAUAUAAUUUAGAAAUCUUGAAUUCUUAUUUAUUUAGGAUAGAUAACAUUUCAAUUGUAGAAGAAGUUACUAUGCCAAAAUUAGGUUCAAUUCUUGCAUAAAUUGGUUCAAUUGUUUAAUUAAUUUUUAUGUUGAAAUAUGCUGCCAUAUUUUAUAACAAUAAAUUAUUAGAAAAUGAAUUGUUACAUGAUAUUAUUACUAUGUAUUAUCCUGAAUUCAAAGAAGUUUCAUUGAAUGUUUUUAAUUAAUUUGAAAUUAUAAUAGAUGAGAAGGAAAAAUUAAAAAAUGAUAUAUAAAAUAUAAAGAAAAAAUAUUAAGCUUUGCUGCGAGGAGCGAAAGAAAAAUGUCGACUUAAUAAUAUACUUUAUGAAAUUUCAAGAAUAUAAUUUAUUUUAUAAUAGCAAUUUGGAAAUUAAGCAUUAUCAUUAAGUCAUUAAUUAGGGGCAAAAUUAAAUGAAAAAUAAUUAGAAGAAUAGAGUCUAAAAGAUUCAAAUCGAGCAAUUGUUAAACCAGUUGAUUCUUUUGGAUUUGAGAGACGCUGUUCUUCUGUUGAACCAUUAGAAAUCUUAUUGAAGUAGUAAUGA